AUGACUUUGGAAAGUCAGGAACCAUUAUCGGAUGCACCUGUUUGGGAUCCAAUUCAACAGAUUUACAUAGGAGGGAAACUACCUGAAAAUGAUGAAGUUAGAGAAUUGCUAGAGUCUGGAGAUGGAUCACUUCGGUUGUUCGGUUAUGGCUCAUUGUGUUGGAAUCCAGGAACAGGACCACUCGCCCAUCCUGGAGUUGUGUCAAAGCUUGGGAGGGCCAAGGGAUACAAACGGUGUUGGGCCCAACGGAGUACCGAUCACCGUGGCAAUCCGCAAUUUCCAGGCAUUGUAUGUACAUUGUUGGAAGAUCAGGAGGUCGUUGAUAUACGCAAGACUGCCAUGAAGGACGUUACUCCACCAGAAGCUCCAACCCUGACAGAAGGGGUCAUCUACUGGAUCCCUCCCGAGUUGGUGGCCGAAUGCCUUGACGAGCUCGAUUUUCGAGAAAAAGGAGGCUAUGCUCGAGAAACAAUUUCAGUAAUAGAAGAUGACUCUGGAGAGACACAAAAGGCCCUACUAUACCGUGGAACUCCCGACUCACCAGCAUUUUGGAAUCGAAUCCUCCUAGACCUACCACAUGCGGCUGCUAUCAUGGCAGUCAGCGAAGGUCCCAGUGGGAAGAAUGACUUUUAUUUGAAUAGUUUGGAUGAGUUUUUGACCAAUACGCACACAAUUGAAGCAGCCAAUGAUGACACUACAACGCUGGCAUCCAUGGUUCGGCACUUUCAAAAGCAUUCCUCACUUCAUUUUCUAUAUGGCAGUGGAUCCAAUCAGCAUAAUCAGCUCUUGCUGGAUCGUCCAAACAACGCCGCAUGUUUGAUCGAUGGUGAAGAUGCGCACGAGACCAAAGAAUUUGUUCUCUGCACUGCUAAACAAACAAAGCCUGAUUUGCCAGAGAAUGUCUACGCUGGUGGUGGGCACUCUGGCCUCUUGACGGAAAGCGGAAAAUUAUAUUUGUGGGGAUGGAAUGAUAACGAGCAAUGUGGACCUAAAACAGAAAGUGAAGAACAUCAGGAUGAAGCAUCCCCGCUAGCCUGUACCCCACCAUUGCACGGAUUGGUUGUACAAGAUGCUGCACUUGGCUUCUCGCACACUCUUGUCAUUGAGAAAGAUACUAACCGUCUCUACGGAUUUGGAAGCAACGAAAGAGGUCAAAUCAGUGGCUCGCCAUCAGCUCCCGUAAAGGAGCCAGUGACUCCAGACUUUUUGAAAAAUGUAAAGGUGAAAAGUGUAGCUGCAGGACUAUUCCAUUCCGCGGUCAUCACUGACAAAGGAGAGUUGAUCACAUUUGGUUGUGGAAGAUUUGGUCAAUCCCUUUCCAAUAUGCAGAACGAUGGACAAGUAUCCGUUGGCAAGUGGAUACCAGAAGACGGAUCUCCCUUGGUGGACGUUGGUUGUGGAAGGCGACAUACAGUAGCUGUUGAUGAAAAGGGUCGAAUAUGGACUUUUGGAGAGAACAAGUAUGGUCAACUGGGUAGACCAUUCGAAGGAACGAAGGAUCCUCGCCCUACCGAAAUCGAUUUCUCCGAUUUGGACAUCGCUUUUGGCAGUGAUGUAAGGCUGGAUUGCGGAUGGUCCCACAAUAUUGUUCAAGUCACGUCGCAAGAUUCCGACAUAAUAGUAUACGGUUGGGGACGAAACGACAAAGGGCAGCUCGGUACAGGAUCGUUUGAAGAUUCAGUGAAGAAACCAAUCCAACUCUUCCAAGACAAGCGUUUAUCGUUUGUAGCUUGUGGCUCCGAGUCCACUAUGGUAUUGGACGAGGAUACCUCUGCGAUUCUUGGCUGUGGAUGGAACGAACAUGGUAAUAUUGCCACUGGCAGUCAAGAAGAUCAGGCUCGCUUGGUCAAAACUAAAGGAUCGAAAGUAUAUGGUCCUCCAGGGUUGCACGAUGGAAAAGUAAUCCUAGCGGUUGGAGGCGGUCACCACAUUGCGACUAUGAAACCAUUGCGGUCACGAUGA